CAAAAAAAAAAAAAAAAGGUUUAAAACUUUUUUUUUUUUUAAUGGGUCUGUAAACUUUUAUCUUUUGAUAUAUACACAUUAACAAAAAUGACUUCUGGAUUCGGUACCCGUGCUAUUCACUCUGCUCAACGCCCUGACCCCACCACCGGUGCUGUCAUCCCUGCUCUUUCUCUUUCCACCACCUACAAGCAGUCCGCUGCUGGUGUUCAUACCGGUUUUGAAUACUCCAGAAGUGGUAACCCUAACCGUAACAACUUCGAGGAAGCUAUUGCUGAUCUUGAAGGUGCCAAGUACGGUCUUGCCUUUGCUUCCGGUUCUGCCACUACUGCUACCAUUGUUAACUCUCUCCAACAAGGUGCUCAUUUGAUCUCCGUCAAUGAUGUUUAUGGUGGUACUUACCGUUACUUCACCAAGGUUGCUGUUCACUCUGGUAUUGAAACCACCUUUGUUAACUUGGAUGACCCUGCCAACAUUGAACCUCAUUUCAAGCCCAACACCAAGUUGGUCUGGCUCGAAACUCCUACCAACCCUACUCUCCGUAUCAUUGACAUCAAGGCCAUUGCUGAACGUGCUCAUGCCCACGGUGCUCUUUUGGUUGUUGAUAACACCUUCAUGUCUCCUUAUUUCCAAAAGCCUAUUUCUUUAGGUGCUGAUAUUGUCAUUCACUCUGUCACCAAGUACAUUAACGGUCACUCCGAUGUUGUGAUGGGUGUUGCUGUCACCUCUAACGAAGAGUUCUACAAGAAGCUUCAAUUCAUGCAAAACUCUCUCGGUGCUGUUCCCUCUGCUUUUGAUUGUUUCUUGGCUCGUCGUGGUCUCAUGACCCUUGAAGUGCGUAUGCAAAGACAUGCUGAGAAUGCUCAAGCUGUUGCUGAAUACUUGGAAACCAACGAGCAUGUUGAAGCCGUUAUCUAUCCCGGUCUUGCCUCUCAUCCUAACCAUGAACUUGCCAAGAGACAACAAUCUGGUUUCGGUGGUAUGAUCUCUUUCCGUAUGAAGGGUGAUUUGAACAACGUCAACAAGUUGUUGAGCAACUUGGAACAUAUUACUCUUGCUGAGUCCUUGGGUGGUGUUGAAUCUCUUGUUGAGGUUCCUGCCAUCAUGACUCACGGUGCUGUCAGCCCCGAAGAUCGUGCUAUCUUGGGUAUCACUGAUACUUUAGUCCGUCUCUCUAUUGGUAUUGAAAACAAGGAAGAUUUGAUUGCUGAUCUUAAGCAAGCUUUAUCCAAGGCUUAUUAAGAUAGUACAACUUCUUUUUUACCCUAAUCCCACACACACACACUUCUCAUUUACUUGUAAAACAUUUUUCUCACUCUCACUCAUGUAUAAAUAAAAUAACAUGGAGUCUUUUUGUCCUCCUAUAAACAAACUGCCCCCAUGCAUGGCCCUGUC